AGUAAAUAUUCACUUCACUCUCAAAAUCUUCUUCGAAAAAAAAAAAAAAAAAGAAAAAAAAAUGGUGAUUCAAGGAAGAAAAAGAUUUGCACUUCUAUUGGCGGCACAAGACUCGGAUUAUGUGAAGAAAGUAUACGGUGGAUAUUACAACGUAUUCGUGGAGACAUUAGGGGAUGAAGGCGAUAAAUGGGAUACGUUUCGUGUAGUUGAAGGGGAUUUCCCGAGCAUGGAUGAUCUUGAAAAAUACGAUGGCUUUGUAAUAAGUGGGAGUCCCCAUGAUGCCCAUGGGCAUGAGGAUUGGGUUCUUGAACUUUGCAUUCUCUUACAAACUUUGUUCGAUAUGCAGAAGAAGGUUCUUGGCAUCUGUUUCGGUCACCAGAUUUUGUGUCGAGCAUUGGGAGGCAAAGUUGCUAGAUCGUGUAGUGGUUGGGACAUUGGAGUUCGAAGAGUGAAGUUCAUCGAAGAUUUCCAUUUCUCAAUCUUCUUAUCAACGGAUUACGAUCAAAGAAUUAUCCCUCCAACCCUCUCUAUCAUCGAGUGCCACCAAGACGAGGUGUGGGAAGUGCCAUCGGGAGCCCGAGUUCUUGCACAUUCUGAGAAAACGGGAGUGGAGAUGUUUACAUUUGGAGAAAAUAUUCUAGGGAUUCAAGGACAUCCCGAAUACAAUAAAGACAUCCUCAAUAACCUUAUCGAUCGCCUUCACUCCAACAACUCCAUCGACAUAGUUUUUGUCGAAAAUGCUAAAUUACAAUUAAUGGAGGCAGAACCCGACACAGAAUCUUGGCAAAGAAUCUGCAAAGGUUUUCUUAAAAGGGACAUGAUUCACAUAUGGUGAUCGAAUGUGAUAUUCUUGACUUUCGGUAGGUCGGGACAAAAUAAAAAAUUUAGGGUCUUUUAAAUGUAUAUUUACUUUUACCUGUAAAAUGAAAAUGGAUAAUGAAAUACAGGUUCUAUUUA